AUGGCAAACAGCGUUGACCAGCAUUUGAGUAUCCCGGUGGUUGACUUUACCCUUGCCCACACGGGCUCUGAAGAGGAUAGGCGAAGAGUUGCGAAGGAGCUUUACGAGGCAUUUAAGAAUGUUGGAUUUGCGUAUGUGAGGAAUCAUGGAGUGCCUCAGGAAGUUGUUGAUGAGGCUUUCGUCUGGAACCAUAGAUUCUUCGACAUGCCGCAAACAGACAAAGAUAAGGCACCUCGCCCAUCAGAGUCGUGGCACCACCGCGGCUACUCGAGCGUGGGCCGCGAGAAGGUUUCCCAGAUGAUCUUUGACGAAGAGUCUAUUUCAGCCGCGCGAAGCGUCCCCGAUGUGAAAGAGUCGUAUGAGAUUGGCCGUGACGACGAGAAGGCAUCUCUGCCGAAUGUUUGGCCGCCUCAAGAUAUUCUCCCGGGGUUUCGCGAGUUUUUUACCAAAUUUUAUGAGGUAUGCUAUGAUGCUGAGCUGGAGAUACUGAGACUUAUUGCACUGGGAAUGGGGCUUGAAGAGGAAUAUUUCAUACGAUUUCACAAGAACAAGGAUAACCAGAUUCGGCUGCUGCAUUAUCCGCCCAUUGAGGAGAGCAUUCUUCGACAGGGUAAAGCAGAGAGGAUAGCCGCACACACGGAUUAUGGCACUAUCACGAUGCUGUUCCAGGACGAUGUUGGGGGGCUCGAGGUAGAGGAUGUCAACGAGAAGGGGAAAUUCAUCCCUGCACCGUAUAUACCCAACACGGCCGUGGUGAAUAUUGCGGAUUUUUUGAUGCGCUGGAGCAACGACGAGUUGAAGUCGACGAUGCACCGGGUCAAGGCCCCGCCACUGGCGGCGGAUGAGGACGAGGCUGCGACGAAGCACAGAAUGACUAGAGCAAGACACUCGGUGGUGUACUUUGUUGGCGCGGACUUGGAAAAGACGGUGGAUUGUGUGCCUGGCUGUUGGGGGCCGGACAGGCCGAAGAAGUAUGAACCGGUGAAUGCGAUGGAGUAUAUACGGAUGAGAUUGCAGGCUACUUAUUGA